ACCAUCUGUAUCGGAGGCGGAUGAACUCCUGCCUCGGGAACACUCCAGUGACAGUAUCAUCUCCAUCUUAUGGAGAUUCCGGCAUGGAAACUGUAAAUAGCCGUCCAAGAAACUUAUUAAGGCCACAAUGGCUCUACAAAUAAGAACAAUAUAUCUUUUACUGUUUUGUGUUUUUAGGCUGGUAACAAGCGAUGAUAAACUGGAAGUAUUCGAUGUUCUAUCUGUAGUCAAGGAUGGGGCUCUUCCAGAAGGCUUAUCACGAGUCCCUGGGCGAUGUCAGUCAUUACAAAGCCCUGAGGAGGAGUACUUAGCGUUUGCCCUCAACGAGAACGCCACCCUGCAUCAACUUGCAGCUGGAAUGUUUUACAAUACGUUUCCAGAAGACUUCUCAAUUUUAGCUGUUAUUAGACUCAAAGGUACCGAUCAAAAUCCCCUAUUCGUUUUAUAUUCGGAUUCUGGUGAUGAGCAACUACAAUUGGUUGUGGGUGAGCUGAUCGAGCUGUACUACGAGGAUACCAGAGGUGACCCUGAGGAUCAUGAACUCCUCACCUUUCGUGUCAACAUCGCUGAUGAAAGGUGGCACCGCAUAGCUCUAAGUGUCAAGGGUGACUCGGUGACACUACUGGUGGAUUGCGAGGUACAAGACACCCUGGCCCUACGACGAAGACCUGGAAGCACAUUCAAUUUAGCUGGAGUGCUCGUUGUGGGAACACAAGUCACGCCAGACCAGUACUAUGAGGGUGAUAUAGAAAUGCUUCAAUUCGCAAAUCAACCAGACAUUGCCUACGACAUGUGCAACAUAGCUCCUGAUUGUCGGCCUUCAUACCCGUACAGAGUAGAACUUGAAAACUUUGAGGCAGAAACUAACCAUAUAACGACAACCCAAAUCAUACCUAAUUUCUAUAAUAGUAACGAAGCAAAUCGAUUCACGCGAAAUGAAAGUGAGAACAGAUUUGGUGCGGCGACUUCAGUGACCACUGCAAGUCCUUACUGGCAGAUUCCAGACACUUACGGAUUGAAUUUGCCGUACCCAGCUUCAACGGAUAAUGAUGAAAACAGCAUAUUUGGCAGGUUCACAGGCGCCGACGAGUUUAUAACCACGGCGCAAAAUUUUGAAAUAACGCAUCCCGACUCUUUAGAGAUUUCCACAGCGACUACGAUGCGACGUGAUGAAGAUGAAGUGGAUAUUACGACGAUUUCAACACAUUCGUUUUACGCCCCUGUUACAACGACAGAAGGUUCAGAUUGGCUUACACACCCGCCAGAUUUAUCCGAGGGUAACGGUUCAAGCUAUGACACAUCAGAUACAUAUUACGACUAUGGCAAUCGGGGGUUUAACGGCCCUAGAGGAUACCAAGGUCCACCAGGACCUCAGGGACCUAGGGGACCUAAGGGAGAACCCGGUAAACCUGGCUUGGAAGGUCAGCAGGGUUUCCCCGGAGCCCCGGGACAUGUUUUUGUCGUGCCGUUACAACAAUCAGCAAAUGAGAAAGGCCCUGAUGCACAGGCAGAAGCGUUACGACAAAUGCUGACACAGCAUAUGGAGGCAAUGCGAGGCGCUGAAGGACCAAUGGGCUUAACUGGACCAAUUGGUCCUGAAGGCGAAAUAGGCCCCGAAGGACCAAAAGGGGAACAAGGGGAACAGGGAGAACCUGGCUCACCUGGGCCGAGAGGCCUGCAAGGUCCCCCUGGUAGAAAUGGAAGACGUGGACAUGCAGGAAGAGACGGCGAAAGAGGUCCACCUGGAACACUAGGAGUUAAAGGUGAUCAGGGAUAUCCAGGCAUAAUCGGCUUACCUGGAGAUAAAGGAGAACGUGGUGCGACUGGCGUCCAGGGUGAAUCUGGCCCUCCAGGUCAAGAUGGACCUUCUGGUGAUGAUGGACCUCCUGGUCCACCUGGAUUAACUGGUGAAUUGGGUCCAAGAGGCUUUAUGGGACCUAGAGGUUAUCCUGGACUCAUUGGAUACCCUGGUAUGCCUGGGAAUGAAGGACCGCAGGGGAUUAAAGGGACUACGGGACAACCAGGGCCACCCGGUACUCCAGGACAACCAGGACCUUUAGGUCCAUCGGGAUCUCCUGGACCACAGGGCCCAAUUGGUGCCCCGGGGAUUCAAGGACCCCAAGGUAAGCCUGGAAUGUCAGGCUUACCAGGGCCGGAAGGAUCACCAGGGACCCCGGGAACUCCAGGCCAUCAAGGUUCUUCAGGGGAAUCUGGGCCUCCAGGUCCACAAGGUAUGUUAGGUUUUCCCGGACCUCGUGGACUUAAAGGCGAGGAUGGUCCAAGAGGAUUGCUCGGUGACAAAGGAGAUAAAGGCAUAAGGGGAAUUGAGGGUGAAAAGGGGGAAAUGGGACCAAAAGGAGAAAGGGGAUUGCCUGGUGAACCUGGUCCACCCGGUAUUGAAGGGCCCGAAGGCCAAAAAGGGACUGAGGGAUCCAGAGGUGAAACUGGUUCAAUAGGACCAACCGGAGAAAAGGGAGCCAGUGGUCUACAGGGUCCUAUUGGCUACCCGGGAACUCAGGGGGAAAAAGGUGAUAAAGGCGCUUCUGGAAGGCGAGGUCGGAGAGGAAACAAAGGAAUUACUGGUUUAGUGGGGCAUCCUGGUGAUCGUGGCGAAAGCGGACCAAGAGGUUACAGAGGACCUAGAGGAAGAAGGGGAUCAGGUGGACCACCAGGUUCUAAAGGAGAUACAGGUCAACCGGGUCCUCCAGGAUCGACGGGGGAAAGAGGAACUCAGGGAGUUGAAGGUCUUAGAGGAUUCCCAGGAGCAAUGGGACCACCCGGUAUCGAUGGAAAACCGGGGUCUCCAGGACAACCAGGGGAACGUGGACCAAGUGGCGAUGCUGGUGGCAUUGGUCCCACAGGAAUCACUGGCCUUCCAGGACCACAAGGACAAAAUGGUGACCCAGGCCCACCGGGACCGCAAGGACCUUCAGGACUACCCGGAACUCCCGGAGAACAAGGUCUUCCUGGUGAAAUGGGCAAAGAAGGGCCGCCAGGACAAACUGGUCCAGAGGGUAAACCUGGGCCGGUAGGUUCACCAGGACCUCCCGGACAAAACGGAGAAAUUGGUCUUCCUGGUCCACCGGGUUCUGCGGGUGCAAAAGGAGACUUAGGGCCGCCUGGUGCAGCAGGUCCAAGAGGAGAUAAAGGAGAACAAGGCGAACCGGGUCAUGAAGGACUGCAAGGGCCGACCGGCCGUGAGGGCCCUCGAGGCGCACCAGGUUCAGGAGGUCAAAAAGGAGAAGUUGGAGAACCAGGACCUAUUGGUCCCGUUGGUCGUGAUGGUCUCCCUGGUCCAAGAGGACUCGUUGGAGUUCCCGGUCCUAUAGGACCACCAGGUGAAGAUGGUGAUAAGGGCGAGCCUGGUCCACCAGGAGAGAAAGGGUUCAAAGGCGCCAUGGGUGAACCGGGUCCACAAGGGUCGCCUGGCAAUCUAGGUUUACGAGGAGAACCAGGGCAAGUGGGGCUUCCUGGUGAAAAGGGCCCUCCUGGAGAACCGGGUCCUCCCGGUGCUACCGGUGCUGAUGGAGUACGAGGUCCACCAGGUCAAAUCGGAAAAACUGGACCAGAGGGCAUCAAGGGGGAACAAGGGGUUAAAGGCGAUAAAGGAGAUUUGGGCCCUAUUGGACCACCUGGACCUAUUGGGCUCACUGGCUCUACAGGACAGCGAGGACCUAAGGGUAAUCAAGGAGAAGUAGGUCCUCGUGGAGUUGAAGGUCAACAUGGAGAAGUGGGAGUGCCGGGAACACCUGGCCAGCCUGGACCUCAAGGCCCGGAAGGCAAAAUGGGACAACGAGGGCCGAUUGGUCAUAAAGGUGAUGAUGGUCCACCUGGCAUUCAAGGUGAACCUGGACUGAGAGGUCUACCUGGACCAGAAGGGAAUAAAGGUGAUACUGGUCCAGCCGGAUUUCCCGGAGAGAGAGGCGAGUCCGGUUUACCAGGGUCAAAAGGAGAACCAGGUUUAGAUGGACCCGAAGGUAGUGCUGGACCACAAGGGCCCCCUGGACCUGUUGGUCCCAUAGGAAAACAAGGUGAAACAGGUCCACCUGGAAAUGCGGGUUCUGAAGGGCCCGCUGGUUUGCAAGGCAGUCCUGGACUACCGGGAGAAAAAGGUGAUAUAGGUCCUAAGGGAGCGCAGGGUGAGCCGGGACCAGUUGGUGCUCCUGGACCUCCAGGAGCUGAAGGGCAGCGAGGCCUACGGGGCUUACCAGGACCUAAUGGAGAUAUUGGCAGUCCAGGAGCAACUGGUCCAAUUGGCUUACAAGGUCCUCCCGGUGCCCAAGGAAUGCAGGGUUUGAAAGGAGACAAAGGCGAUAGAGGACCAAAGGGACAUACUGGAGACACUGGUCUGAUGGGUGUGAAGGGUGACCAAGGUGAAAUAGGCAAACCAGGCCCAGUAGGGCUUACUGGUCCAAUAGGGCCUAAAGGAGAUACGGGACCUAUCGGCCCUCCGGGAGCAAAAGGCGAGACAGGACCUAUGGGUCCAACUGGACCGGAAGGACCAAUGGGUCUUAAAGGCGAUCCAGGACCAGAAGGAAAACCUGGACAUCCCGGGCCUCCUGGGCCACCCGGCCAGCCAGGGCCACCAGCCUCUAUGCCACAGUUGCCUGCAGAAUUGUUCAGAACAAAUCGACGUCGCAGAGAUAUAUUUGACUCAUUUGAAUCGACUACAGAUGAUAAUAUAGAAGAUGAGGAAGUAGAAUGGGCAAAAGACAUAAUGACAGGAGUAAUAGAAGCUCGGACUGUGCUGGCUUCAACGAGUAAGCCGUGGGGCACGAAGACAAACCCGGCGCUGUCAUGCCGAGAUCUGAAGACGUCUCAUCCUAAGCUUGUCGAUGGCUUUUAUUGGAUAGAUGCUCGCGGUGGAAAUUCAUGGCCCAUCCGCGUCCAUUGCAAGGGCCACAACACUUGCAUAUAUCCUGACAAUGUCAACGCAGAGACCAUUUUCGAUCAAAGCCACGGACAGAAGUUCUCCCAUAUUAACAAUGGUUACAGGAUUUCCUAUGACUCCGAAGGCGCUGGCAUGGUACAACUGAGAUUUUUACGUUUACUAUCAAACGGAGCGCGACAAAACUUUACCUACACCUGUGUUAACACUAAAGCACCACAAAGAUCGGAUAUACCCGCGGACCUCAUAAGACUUAACAAUAUAAAACUCUAUGGACAGAACAAUGUCGAGUUCAAGGAACCACAGAUUGUUAAAGACACAUGUCAGGAGGGUGUUGGUGAAAUCGUUCUUGAAAUUAAGACCUCGAGGAGUGACAGAUUACCAAUAAGUGAUUUUCUCCCCCUCUCGUUUAUGGACGCUGAGCAUGAGUUCUCUUUCAAUCCAGGACCAAUAUGUUUUAGCUAAACAUUUCGUUACUAUGUAUUUGUAAAUAAAGAUUACUUGCAAUUGUACUUACUUUGACCUUUGUAAAUAGUGUAAAUAAAAUGUUGUGGCGAUUAA